AUGGAUCACAUACGACUAUAUUUCCGGGAAAAUGAAGAGAAUGGAGGCAUCAUAGAGGCAUUCUACGCAACAACAAAGGAGAGGAUUAGAACAGGAGAAAUAUCUGUGAAGGAUAUAGAGGACGAUCUAGAGGUCGACAUUUUCUAUCUUGAAAAGCAUCUGGGCGAAAUAACCACUGUGGGCAUAGACCAUCUAAGGAGUGCGCUCACAAGGAUCAUUGAAGAGGCCAAGAAUGUCCUCAAAAAAACAUACAUAAGAAUAGUGCCCUUCACAGAGCCUGUGCCUUUCUCCAGUCUGCGCCAUGCAUCUGUCGGGAAGCUGUUCUCUAUUGUUGGAAUUGUCUCCAGAAUUGAAAGCGCAAAACCCAUCCCUACCGUUAUGAUCUUUGUGUGCAACAAGUGCAAUCUGGAGAUAGAGUACCACGCAUCCUCGGGAAUGUUUGCGAAGCCUGAAUACUGCAUAGACGCGUGCAAAUCAAAGGCGUUUACGCUUUUAAAAACAUCUCCUAAGAACGAAUUUCGAGACUACCAGAGGAUAAAAAUACAAGAGCUCUUCCUGACAGAGAUAGAAAGAAGGAAGGCAGGCUCUAUCAACUGCCUGGUUGAAAGGAGCUUUGUGAAUACGCUUCUCCCAGGCGACGCAGUGCACAUUCUUGGCACAGGCAUCGCAGAGGAAAGCGGAGAGGACGGGUACACCGUGGGAGUAAAGGCAAAUAACAUAUCUUUUCUAAAACAGAAAGACACACAGAAUCAGUACAUAUUUAUGCAGAGUGAUAUAGACGAGAUAAAAGCCUUAUCCAAAAACGAGAACAUCAUUAGCAUACUCAGCGAAUCGCUAUUUUUUGACAUAGUAGGGAACAGAGGAGUGAAGGAAGGCCUUCUGCUCUCUCUAGUAGGAGGAUCUUGCAAAAAGCACAAAAGAAAAGAGAUUCACAUGAUCGUGAUAGGUGAUCCCGGGAUGGGGAAGAGCAAAAUAAUCAGAAAAGCAUCAGAAAUACUCCCCAGAAGCAACUACAUAUGCGGAGCAACAACUACCGCAGGAGGACUUGGCCUUGCAAUGCAGUCCAACUCGGGAGGAGAAUAUGUCCUGGCUGCAGGCGCUCUAGUGCUGAGUGACUUAGGCCACUGCUUCAUAGACGAGCUGGAUAAAUUGGAUAACCCGCAGGUGCUAUUUGAAGCCAUGGAGAGCGAAGAAAUCACCAUAGCAAAGGCAGGGAUGGUGUGCGCUAUGCCCGCACGGGCUGCUGUUAUAGCUGCUGCGAAUCCUCUAUUCGGAAGAUACCACACAGAUAGGACUCUCCAGGAGAACAUAAAUCUCCCAGGAGAGUUUCUGUCUCGCUUUGACAUCAUAUUCAUUAUGAUAGACCAGUUUAACUCAGAAGAGCACAGCAGCAUAGCUAAACACAUACUUGGCCAUGAUGAGAAUGCCGAAUAUUCCCAGAGGAUAUCAUCAGAGGUAGCGCAGAAGUACAUACAGUAUGCAAGAGAGCAGAUCAAUCCAGUCCUAUCGUCCAGUGCCAGGGAAAAAGUUGUUGAAUUUUUCAAAAGCAUCAGACAAAAUAAAAUGUACAACGGCCGAAUAGUAGCACAGCCGCUCACUCCCCGCGUGAUAGACUCUGUGGUGAGAGUAGCAGAGGCCAUAGCCAAGAUACACCUGAGAAGCAUAGCUACGCAGGCAGAUGUGGAGCACGCGAUCUCCAUAAUUACGAUGGAAAACAUACUGGUGGAGCCUAAAAAGAAAAAGAAGGAGGCCCCGCAUAUGGUUUUUAUCCAGGGAAUAAAAAAAACAUGCCAGACCGAGAUAUCAGAAAAAGAGAUGGUAGAGAUAGGGGAAGAGCAGGGAUUAGACAGAAACGAUGUGCACAAGCUAAUCUACAGAUUCAAUGCAGAAGGUCUCCUCAUUAAAAAAGGCAGCGGUAUCUACAAGGUUCGAAUGUAG